CCCUCACCCAUUACACAACUCUUAUUCUUUCAAAAGCUGUCUCUUAUCUUUCUCUUCUCUCCCUCUCCAGGAGAGAUAAAGAGAGCUUUAUCUUCUUGGUUUGCUUUUCAUGGCUCUCCUCACUUUCUUACCAGAUCACUCAGAGCAGGGACAACAACCUUCCAACCGCAAGCGCAAGCUGCAAAAGCAAAAGCAAAAGCAAAAACAACAAUCAUCAUGGGACCAGAUCAAGAACUUACUCACCUGUAAGCAGAUCGAAGGGUCAAGCGUACAUGACCCAUCAAAGAACCCUAACGGAUACUCAAAGCUAGGUUCUUCCUGCAGCUCUAUAUGCAGUUUCAGAGAUGUUGUUCACGGAAACACAAGGGUUGUUCACAGAGCUGACAACUCACCCGAGAGUAGCACAGUGGGUCAAGAAACUGGGCUACUGAGUCGAAAAGCUGUUAAUGGGUCGUCAACUAGGUCGCUGGGGAGUUCAGGGAGAUCCAAAUCUGGCGCAACCCACACCUCAUCUUCAAGAGGCAUGCAAUUCAGGAAGCUUUCUGGCUGUUAUGAAUGUCACAUGAUUGUUGACCCUAGCAGGUACCCAUCACCAAGGACUACAAUAUCCACCUGCUCCCAGUGUGGAGAGGUCUUCCCCAAGACUGAAAGCUUGGAGCUUCAUCAAAAAGUUCGCCAUGCCGUAUCAGAGCUGGGCCCAGAUGACUCGGGUAGAAACAUUGUGGAGAUCAUAUUCAAAUCAAGCUGGCUCAAAAAGGAUAACUCCAUCUGUAAGAUCGAACGGAUAUUAAAAGUCCACAACACUCAGCGGACGAUCCAACGGUUCGAGGAUUGCAGAGAUGUAGUAAAGACGCGUGCGCUGAAUAGCACUAAAAAGAACCCCAGGUGCGCAGCUGAUGGAAACGAGCUGCUCCGAUUCCACUGCACCAGUCUAACGUGCGCUCUGGGAGCUGGCGGCUCGUCCAACUUGUGCGGCUCGAUCCCGGGCUGCGGUGUAUGCACCACCAUCAGGCACGGGUUCCAAGGCAAGGAGUGCAAAGGAGUGCGCACCACGGCGAGCAGCGGUAUGGCCCACGACUCCCUCAUCGGUUGUACGGAUGGACGGAGGGCCAUGCUGGUGUGUCGGGUGAUUGCUGGGAGAGUGAAGCGCGUGGCGGAGGAUGCGCCGCCGCCAGAAGAGGAUACUGCGGCGUCAGCUGGUGGUGGCUCAUACGAUUCUGUAGCCGGUUGCGCCGGGAUUUACUCCAAUCUGGAGGAGCUGUUUGUUUUCAAUCCAAGGGCUAUUCUUCCUUGUUUCGUUGUAAUUUACAGUGUUCUCGAGUCUUGAUCAUUUGUGGCGGUAACCAUCAAAAUUACAUAACUAGAUCAACGGUUAUCGCGCUUCUGUGCAGUCAACGGAUAGCGCAUCACUGUGCUCACCUCCCAACUGUGUACUGUACAUAAUAAAAGGGCUUUUCUAUAA